AAAAUUUCCGUUCCAAUGUCGAAAAUAACUCGUUGUCUUCAUAUCUUUGCUCGAAAUGCAUCCACAGCAUCAUCUUCAUCAGUUGAAAAAACAGCUCUAUACAACUUUCAUGUUGAAAAAGGUGGAAAAGUUGUCAAUUUUGGUGGUUACCUGUUGCCGGUUCAAUAUUCCGACCUAAGCAUCAUUGCAUCGCAUGUUCACACCCGUAAACACUCAUCAAUUUUCGAUGUGUCACACAUGUUGCAGACAUAUGUUCGUGGCAAAGAUGCUGUUGCAUGUUUUGAAUCCAUUUGUACUGCUGACAUCAAAGGAUUAGCUCCAAAUUCUGGUACAUUGACUGUCUUUACCAACGACAUGGGCAACAUUCUAGAUGACUUGAUUGUAUCCAAGGUUAAUGAUGACCUUUUGUAUGUUGUAUCAAAUGCAGCUAUGAAACAACAAGAUAUGGAAAUUAUGAGUGCUGCAGUGUCUAAAUUUGUUGGCGAUAAGCGAGAUGUAUCAAUUGAGUUCUUAUCGCCGGCUGAUCAUUCACUUAUCGCCUUGCAAGGCCCCAGCAGUGCGUCAGCAUUGAAAACAAUAACAAAUGUUGAUUUGGAAAAAUUGUAUUUCAUGGAAACUAUUGUUGCUGAGGUUGCUGGGGUCAGCGACUGUCGGAUAACGAGAUGCGGGUAUACUGGCGAGGAUGGAUAUGAAAUAUCAGUUCCAUCAGAGAAAGUUAGGCAUUUGACGGAGACACUGUUGGGGGUUGAUAAUGUUCGGAUGGCGGGUCUCGGAGCAAGGGAUUCCUUGAGAUUGGAAGCUGGUCUCUGUUUGUACGGAUCUGAUAUUGAUUCCAACACUUCUCCAGUUGAAGCUGCUUUAUCUUGGUUAGUUUCAAAACGUCGUCGAGGCGAAGCAAAUUUCCCAGGAGCAACAAAAAUUGUUGAUCAACUAAAAAAUGGGGUAACACGACGUCGUAUUGGUAUUCGAAUGACUGAAGGACCUCCUGCAAGAGCUGGCGUUGGAAUAUAUCAUAAUGAUGAGUUGGCUGGAAAAAUCACAAGCGGAUGUCCUAGCCCUAGUCUUGGGGGCAAUAUUGCGAUGGGGUAUAUUAGUGAAUCACUUAAAAAGCCGGGCAAUAAAAUUCAAUUGAAAAUUCGUGACAAAUUUUAUCCUGCUGAUGUUACAAAAAUGCCUUUUACACCAGCAAAUUAUUAUACUAAGCCCAAAAAUUGAGAAAAAUCGAAUAAAAAUAUAAAAAAUAA